CUGCUGGAUACCAACGGCAACCUCUCGGAGGGGCCUGGAAGCAACAUAUUCAUCGUCAAGGACGGAAUCGUAUUGACUUCGAGAGAGCAGUUCAUACUCUCCGGGAUCAGUCGUGGCGUGGCGAUAGAGCUGGCCCAGGAGUUGGGAAUCGAAGUCCAGGAGACGGACAUCGACCUAUACGACGCCUACACUGCCGAUGAGGCGUUCGUCACAUCGACAAGUUUCUGCAUAUGCCCGGUGUCAUCGUUCAAUGGGUCGCCCAUAGCUGACGGCUCGGUCCCCGGCCCGGUGACCGACCGGCUCACUCGCGCCUACAGCGGAAUGGUCGGGCUGGAUGUCGCAGGUCAGUACCUCGCCCGACUCGAAGAGUGA